AACACUUAAAAACCCAUGUUGUUGUUUUUUCAGUAUGUUCAGAACAACAAACAAGCUGACAAUGACUGGUUCAGGCUUGAAUCCAACAAAGAGGGGACUCGAUGGUUUGGAAAAUGUUGGUACUACCAUGAACUGCUGAAGUAUGAAUUUGAUGUGGAAUUUGAUAUACCUGUCACCUACCCUACAACUGCUCCAGAAAUAGCAUUGCCAGAGUUGGAUGGUAAAACAGCAAAAAUGUACAGAGGAGGUCGGAUAUGCAUGACAGAUCAUUUUAAGCCACUGUGGGCAAAAAAUGUUCCAAAGUUUGGAAUUGCACAUGCAAUGUCGCUAGGUUUGGGUCCAUGGCUCGCAGUGGAAAUACCAGACUUGGUAGAAAAGGGCAUCAUUACUCACAAAUCAACGGAUGGUGCUUCAAAUUGAUAAUAUUAAAUUCUCACUCAUAGACCACACUUAAUCAUUCAUUGAUUUAAACUGCCUUCAAAACAAUAUUUAUGCUAAUUAAUGUGUGUGCACACGGCCACAACUGAGUGUGCAACCUUGUAGAAAAAAAACUUUUUAUACUUUUGCAAGGUUCUUAAAUAAGACUUUUGAGCGUGUGUUAGGGUCAACAGUGACUGAAUUUAAUUUGUUACAGUGCAUGUAUUUGAUUUUUAAACAAAUAGUCAUUUAAAACUUGUGUAAAUCCAUUUGAUUUCUCAGUUCUUGAGAGCAAAGUACAAACUCUAUGAAACAAUUACAGUAAUAAAGAAAAAAGUAACUAGUAAAAAUGAACUUCAUAGUUAAAUGAAUCAUGUGAAUUAAAAAAUCAAAAACACUGCUUGCUUUGAUUAAUAAAAUAUUAAUUGGUGUAGAUAUGUCACAUGAAAGAUGUUUUGGCCAUUAUGUUUUAAGAACAUAGAAUACAUGUUAUGCAUCAAAUUAAUUGUUGUUUUUAACAAGGUUUUCCGAAGGAAAAAAACAAUUGGUUAUAAGAUUGGUAAAUGUUGGCGGGCGAAACAAUUAUUCUGAGCGCAACUCCUCCUUCAUUUCUCAACGGAGUUCAAUGAAACUUUCACAAAAUAAUUGUCACCAAGUGCCCUGGCACAUAUUAUUGGGAUUUUAUGAUUUGGUUGAAAUCAAGGUCGCCACGACUAAAAAUAGAUUGAAUUUGACACAAGGGGGGGUAACUAGGAACAAUCAGUAACAACACAAAUUUUGAAUUGUCUCCCUUUAUCAGACUUUUUUUUUUCAAAUUGAAAACCUGGUUUUGUGACAAAAUUGCCCCUUGUAAUUUAUUUGUUUUGUAAGAAAAAAGAAUUAAUGACUAUCAUGCCUGUUCUACAGCAUUUAGUGAUAUUAUGUAAACUGUUAAUUGUAUUUAUAUCAUAGUUUUAUGUUAUAUACUUUUUGACAUUUUAAUUUUUAAUGUAUUCAUUUUGGCAUGAUUGCACUCAAUAAAAAUGUUAAACCUU